GCCGCUGGAGUCGCGCUCGCUACUUUCCGCGCUGGAGAUGAAGCAUGUUGCAUGCGUUUGCUGGCUUGUCGGUCUCCUGACGAUCGCGUGCGAGGCUGAAAUGUACACGUCCCUGCUGAACGUGAAGCAAGCGAUCAAUGUUGAACGGAAGCUGAUCGAUUACUUGAGGACGUACAUCGACCGUGAAGUGGAGAGACUGGAGGACGUUCGCCGGUUUCACUCCAAAGUUCUGGACCUCCACAGUAAAAUAUAUGAGGGAUCAGAAAGCUCCUCCAUGUCGAACCCCCUGGUGUCCUUCACACUGAUCAAGCGACUUCAGUCCGAGUGGCUCAAUGUGAUUUACAGCAAUGAGGCGGAGGAGAACACACAAGCCCUUAGGUCCAGUUACGAGGCGGAAGGGGCUGAUCUGCCCGAGCUGGAAGACCUCCAGGGCGCUGCGAGGGGCCUGAUGAGGCUGCAGGAUGUGUACUCACUGCAUGUAGCGGGUCUUGCCAGGGGUCGAUUCCAGAGGGUCUCCGAUGGCAAACUUACUGACCUCCACAUGCCGACCGUGUCCAUCCCACUGACAGGAGACGACUGCUUUUGGGUUGGAAAGGUUGCCUAUGAGCAAGAAGACUAUUACCACUCUGUGCAGUGGUUGGAGGAGUCGGUGCGUCUGUUCCGAGGUUCUGAGCGAGACUGGGUCCCGGAAGAUGCAGGAACUCUGGAAGAUGCUCUGGACCAUCUGGCCUUCUCUCACUUCAAGACAGGAAAUGUCUCACAUGCUCUCAGUCUCUCCCAGGAGUUACUGCAUCACGAUCCACUGAACAGAAGAGUCUUGCAGAACGUGGAAAAGUACGAGAAGUUGUUGGGGAAGAACCCUCCCAGUCCCGGGGAAGGCUUGAAGAGACCGUCGUCUGAUUAUUUAAGGACGAGAGACACUUACGAGAGACUCUGUCAGAGUCAAGGCUCUCAGCAGAUACAUUACAAAAACCCCAAACUCUUCUGUGACUACUUCACCAACAAGAGCCCGGCUCUGCGUCUGAUGCCGGCGAAGAGGGAGGUUCUGAGCCUGCAGCCGUACGUGGUUCUGUACCACGACUUCAUCACUGACUCAGAGAGCGACGACAUCAAGAGACUCGCCCAGCAUGGAUUAAGACGAUCUGUGGUAGCGGCUGGAGAGAAACAGGCGACAGCUGACUAUCGCAUCAGCAAGAGUGCCUGGCUCAAGGAUUCGGCUGGUUCAAUUGUGGAGAAGCUGGACCACCGGAUCUCCUCGCUGACCGGUCUCAAUGUGAAGCAUCCCUACGGCGAGUACCUGCAGGUGGUGAAUUAUGGGAUAGGAGGGCAUUAUGAGCCGCACUUCGACCAUGCCACGUCGCCCACGAGUCCAGUGUUCAAGCUGAAAACAGGGAAUCGAGUGGCAACUUUUAUGAUAUAUCUCAGCUCUGUCCAGGCAGGUGGUUCCACGGCCUUCAUCUAUGCCAACUUCAGCGUUCCAGUGGUGGAAAACUCUGCCAUCUUCUGGUGGAACCUUCGCAGAAACGGGGAGGGAGACGACGACACGCUUCAUGCUGGGUGUCCGGUGCUGCUUGGGGAUAAAUGGGUGGCAAACAAAUGGAUUCAUGAGCACGGCCAAGAGUUCCAGCACCGCUGCAGCCUGAAUCCUGAAGAGUGAGAUCACUGCUGUGUCCCAACAAGAACCCCAACCAUGAUCCAGAGUGGUAGUCAAAGACAGCCAUGCUUGAGAGCAGAAUGUCAGCCCCACCCGGAUAUGAAAGUUGGAUCGGUGGAAGUGGAUGAUGAUGUGUUCUCGUUGUGCUGCUUUUAGUUAAAAGAGUCCUAGACUCGACACGAGAGGCAGCCAGAUGCAGUCCAGGCGUUAAAGGGUUCGGCAUUUUCUCAUGUUUACUGAACUAAUGAUUGUGUCUCUUGAAGGGUGUAUUUAAGUCUGUAUUUAAAUGAAUUAACUCAAUUGUAUUUUCUUAAUUUAAAGUGACAAUAAAUGCUACUGUUUUGCGACACAUUAAUGAAUGUUUCAGGCCAAAGGAGAAGAGAAAGCGGUUGACUUGUGAGAAUAAAAUGUGGGCUUUGAAUUUAUUUUUAAAACCAUUUUUGCACAAUUUGUGUCCAAACUGUUCUGAUUUGUUGAAUCUCAAUAUCUGCCAGCUGAAGAUUUGAGCUCAACAUGAGCAAAACCAUGAAAAAUCC